AUGAGUCAUUAUGAUGAUUCGAUUAGUUUUACAUCGCCAUUAAUAGUUCAAUUCAACAAUGAUCCAACUGGAACAAUUUCAAAUAAAAAAGAUUUAGAAGAUUAUUUUAUUCGAGCGUUGAAAAAAUUUCCUGAUUUACAUUUUGAAUUUUUGAGUACUUCCAUAUCAGUUAAUUCAUUGAUCAUUCAUUAUAAAAGUGUGAAUAACAUGAUUGCAAUGGAAUACUUUGAAUUCAAUGAUCAAAAUCAACUCGUCAAAGUCAAAGCACAUUAUUCAUACUGA